GAUGUGGGGGGCACCAGGUGCCCAACAUGGAACAGCCUCAAGGUUCAGCCAAAUGCUUCCCACUGGCAGCAGUGGUGCAGUGCCAGUGGUGGUGGCUGAGAGGCAGGAUGGCAGUAUUCUUGGUACCUGAGUAUCCCAGCUCUGCACUUGAGUUUCGGGGGAUUCCCCCAAAUUCAGGAAGAGCGAACAUGUUGGCAGGCAGGGAAGGGAACGGAACCGUGCUGCAUUUCCUAGGAAGUACCAGAAAUAGCCAGGGGGAACUUUUGACCCUGGUUCCACUCUGUGUGUGUGUGUAUGUUCCUCUCUCAAUCUCUCCUCUCUCGCUUGCUUUUUUCUCACUCUCUCCUUGCUCCUGUCUGCAGCCAUCCCAGGGGGAGAGCAUCACCAAGCAGGUAGAAGUCCUGGAUGCCACAAAAUCCCCCAGGAGUGGGCAGUCACGCUGCAAAACAUCCAGGAGCAUGAGCCUGACUGCAGCCAUGGAGAGCAGCUGUGAGCUGGACCUGGUGUACAUCACGGAGCGGAUCAUUGCUGUGUCCUACCCCAGCACGGCCGAGGAGCAGAGUUACUCCAGCAACCUCCGUGAAGUGGCCCACAUGCUCAAGUCCAAGCAUGGCAACAACUAUGUGCUUUUCAACCUCUCUGAGCGGAGACGUGAUGUCAACAAACUUCACCCCAAGGUGCUGGAUUUUGGGUGGCCUGACAUGCACACCCCUGCGCUGGAGAAGAUCUGCAGCAUUUGCAAAGCCAUGGACACGUGGCUCAAUGCAGCAGCACACAACGUGGUGGUGCUGCACAACAAGGGGAACCGUGGCCGGCUGGGGGUGGUGGUGGCUGCCUACAUGCACUACAGCAACAUCUCAGCCAGUGCUGACCAGGCUCUGGACAGGUUUGCCAUGAAGCGCUUCUAUGAGGACAAGGUGGUGCCAGUGGGACAGCCGUCCCAGAAGAGGUACAUCCAUUACUUCAGUGGGCUCCUGUCUGGCAGCAUCAAGAUGAACAACAAGCCUCUCUUCCUCCACCACGUCAUCAUGCACGGCAUCCCCAACUUUGAGUCAAAAGGCGGUUGUCGGCCCUUCCUGAAAAUCUACCAGGCCAUGCAGCCCGUCUACACCUCGGGGAUCUACAACGUGCAAGGAGACAGCCAGACGGGCAUCUGCAUCACCAUUGAGCCUGGCUUGCUGCUCAAGGGCGAUAUCUUGCUGAAGUGCUACCACAAGAAGUUUCGCAGCCCUACCCGUGACGUGAUUUUCCGCGUGCAGUUCCACACGUGUGCUGUGCAUGAUCUUGACGUCGUCUUUGGCAAGGAGGACCUGGAUGAGGCCUUCAGAGAUGACCGCUUCCCUGAGUAUGGGAAGGUGGAGUUUGUGUUCUCCUAUGGCCCUGAGAAGAUCCAAGGCAUGGAGCACCUGGAGAACGGGCCCAGUGUUUCUGUGGACUACAACACAUCUGACCCACUGAUCCGGUGGGAUUCCUACGAGAACUUCAACAUCCAACGCGAGGAGAGUGCAGAGGGGGCCUGGGCUGAGCCACCCCUGCCCAGCAAGCACCUGGAGAAAGAGGUUGGGCACACGCAAGGGCCGCUGGAUGGGAGCCUCUACGCUAAAGUGAAGAAGAAAGACUCCCUCCACGGCAGCACCGGUGCCGUCAACGCUGCCCGGCUCCCGCUCUCGGCAGCACCCAACCACGUCGAGCACACACUCUCAGUGAGCAGCGACUCGGGCAACUCCACCGCCUCCACCAAGACCGACCGCACCGAUGAGCCGGGGGUGACCGCGGCACCCAGUGGCCAGGCGGUGCUGAGCCCCGAGGAGAAGCAGGAGCUGGAUCGUCUCCUUGUCGGCUUUGGCUUGGAGAGCGCGCCGCCCAUGCACAACCACGUGCCCGGCCCGGUGCCGGCACGCCUGCCCGCCAUGCCGGGCCGCCACGUGGUGCCAGCUCAGGUGCACGUCAAUGGCAACGCCGCGGCACUGGUGGCCGAGCGGGAGACGGAUAUCUUGGAUGAUGAGCUGCCCAACCAAGAUGGGCACAGUGUGGGCAGCUUGGGCACGCUCUCCUCCUUGGAUGGCACCACCACUGCCAGUGAGACCGGCUACCAGGAGGCACCUCGCGUGGGCAGCCUGUCCUCCCUGCCCAACGGCCCCUCGAGCUGCAACGGGGCUGAGAAGCUGCUGAAGGAGGGGCUGUACGAUGGCGAGCUGCUCUCCAAUGGUGGCUACCCCUACAACAACCAGAACGCCCUGAUGGGUCACCACCUCCGUGACACACUGCCUUCCUUGCGGCCCUCGGCAUCCACCCAGGAGCACCUGGCUGGCUACCCUCAGCGCCUGCCAGGCUCCCAUGCCCCAGGGUGGCUCCAGCCUCAGCCACUGCCCAGCUCCCAGCCCUACCUGUAUGCCUACGACCAGCCCGGAACCUUCCGCUCCCGGUCCUUCCCGGCAGUGGACACUGCCAAGUAUGACGUGAACCCGGCGCUGCCCCAGGCCCCGGCCCGCAGUACCAGCAGCCGGGAGGCUGUGCAGAGGGGCUUGAAUUCCUGGCAACAGCAGGGAGGAAGCCGGCCACCAUCCCGGCUGCAGGAGGGUGGCAUGGAGAGCCACAGCCCCAGCAUGUCUAGCUGCAGCCCCCAGCCCAGCCCGCUGCAGACCGUGCCCCCGCACAGCCACAGCAUGCCUGAAUUCCCCCGGGCGCCCUCUCGCCGGGAGAUUGAGCAGUCCAUCGAAGCACUGGAUGUCCUCAUGCUGGACCUCGCACCUGCCGUCCACAAGUCGCAGAGUGUGCCUGCCACCUCCCGUCAGGACAAGCCAGCCGGACCCCUGCCCUCCUCCCUUUCGACCCAGCCCAUUGCUGGUCUCUACGGCCGGCCAACUCCGCAGGUGGCCCAGCCGAGGUCCUUCGGCGCGUCCGUGAGCCCCGUGGUCUCUGAGCCCGGGGGCAAAGCCUAUUCUCCUGGAGAGCUGGACUACGGGGUGCAUGAUUACCGGGAAACCUAUUCACCCUACAGCUACCAGCUGGCACCGCUGCCAGAGCCCAGGAGCUACAGCCAUGCCCCGGCCGGAGCACAGAUGGGCACUGUCCCACUCGGCACCUCGUGCUACAGCCCUGUGGGGUCUCAGCAGCAACUCACCUCCUCCCCACCUUCCCCCACCACCACACCACAAAACCAGAUGCCCCUGAAGGGACCGGAGAGCUAUGAAGACCUGUCGAGGUCGGGAGAAGAGCCCUUGAAUCUGGAGGGCCUGGUGGCCCACAGGGUGGCAGAGUACAACGCCAAGCUCAGGGAACUCAACAAGAGCAUCAAAGUUCCCCGUCCUCUGAACCAGCAACGGUCCUUCUCCGGGGUGCCGUCCCGGGAGAAGCCUGUGGAGGAGAGCGCUGUCCCUGCCCGCAAGCGGACGCCCAGCGACAGCCACUAUGAGAAGAGCUCGCCAGAGCCCAGCUCGCCCCGCAGCCCCACCGUCCUCUCGCCUGAGGUGGUCAGCACCAUCGCAGCCAACCCUGGAGGGAGGCCCAAGGAGCCUCACCUCCACAGCUACAAGGAAGCCUUCGAGGAGAUGGAGGGUGCCUCCCCCACCAGCCCACCCUCCAGCGGCGGUGAGAUUUCUCCCCCUACCCCAGCCUUCCCUGUGUCACCACAAACCCCUUACUCCAACACCUUGCGUUCUCCCCCUGGCCUGGCCAAGACUCCUCUCUCAGCGCUGGGGCUGAAGCCCCACAACCCAGCUGAGAUCCUGCUGCAUCCCGUGGGAGAGCUAGAAGGGGAAGCGGGUGGUGACUCUGAAGAAGAGCCCAGGAGCUAUGUCGAGUCAGUGGCCCGCACGGCCACAACGGGCAGGGGAGGGACACUGCCCGCUGCCCAGCCCGCUGCCCAGCCUGCUGCCCAGCCUGCAGGCCCAGAGGUGCCCUCCAGGAAUGGCACUUUCUCCAGCUCCUUCAUCGCCCCCAGCCCUGUCUCCACCAGCAGCCCUAUUCACAGCAUGGAUGGGGCAUCCCUCCGCAGCUACCCGUCAGAAGGCAGCCCCCACGGCACGGUUACACCUCCCCAUGCCUCAGCUGAGCCCUUGUACCGGUCGCCUGUUGGCUCGCAGAUGCCCUCUGCUCACAGCAGCUACCAAAACUCCUCUCCAUCUUCCUUUGCAAUGGUCCCGGGAGGGGUCCCAGGCUCGGCAUACAGCAGCCCCGACUACCCUGAUGGCCGAGCUGGCCUCCAGCCAGAACCCCAAACUCGGCCACAGCCGCAGGUCAGCGUGGUGGGGGUGCACACCCUGCCAGGGAGCCCCCGCAGCCUGCACCGGACAGUGGCUACCAAUACACCGCCCAGCCCCGGCUUCGGGCGAAGAGCCAUCAACCCCAGCAUGAGCGGCACUCCCGGCAGCCCCGGGCUGGGCAGGCAUGCUGUGGUGGCCCACGGCAACCUGGUGGCCCCACCAGGGAGCCCCAGCAUGUCCAGGCAUCAAGCAGCGGCAGCCACAUCCCCUGGCAGCCCCCUGUAUGGCUACUCCAGCCCAGAGGAAAGGCACCUGACGCUGUCUCGGCAGAGCAGCUCCUCUGGCUACCAGCCCCCCUCCACGCCGUCCUUCCCCGUGUCCCCAGCGUACUACCCCGGCACCAGCACGCCGCACUCCUCCUCCCCGGACUCGGCUGCCUACCGCCAGGGCAGCCCCACCUCGCAGCCUGCUCUGCCUGAGAAGCGGCGGAUGUCAGCUGGGGACCGCUCCAACAGCCUCCCCAACUAUGCCACUGUCAAUGGCAAGGUGUCCUCCCCGCUCUCCAGCGGCAUGUCCAGCCCCAGCGGUGGGAGCGCCGUCGCCUUCUCCCAUACUCUGCCAGACUUCUCCAAGUUCGCCAUGCCAGACAUCAGUCCAGAGACUCGUGCCAAGGUCAAGUUUGUGCAGGAUACUUCCAAGUACUGGUACAAACCAGACAUCUCCAGGGAGCAGGCCAUUGCCUUGCUGAAGGACAGGGAGCCAGGGGCUUUCAUCAUCCGAGACAGCCACUCCUUCCGGGGAGCCUAUGGCCUCGCCAUGAAAGUUGCCUCUCCGCCUCCCACGGUCAUGCAGCAGAACAAGAAAGGAGACUUGACCAAUGAGCUGGUGAGGCACUUCCUCAUCGAGACUAGCUCACGAGGUGUGAAACUAAAAGGAUGUCCCAACGAGCCUAAUUUUGGCUGUCUCUCUGCGCUGGUGUACCAGCACUCUAUCACGCCCUUGGCCCUGCCCUGCAAGCUGGUCAUUCCUGACCGAGAUCCCAUGGAGGAAAAGAAAGACUCUGCGUCAGCCACCAACUCAGCCACGGACCUCCUCAAACAGGGUGCAGCCUGCAAUGUCCUCUUCAUCAAUUCCGUGGAGAUGGAGUCGCUGACGGGCCCCCAGGCCAUCUCCAAGGCUGUCGCUGAGACGCUGGUGGCUGACCCCACGCCCACAGCUACCAUUGUUCACUUCAAAGUCUCCGCACAAGGCAUCACCUUAACGGACAACCAGAGGAAAUUGUUCUUCCGAAGACACUACCCCCUCAAUACUGUCACCUUCUGUGACUUGGACCCCCAGGAGCGAAAGUGGACUAAAACUGAUGGCAGUGGCCCAGCCAAGCUCUUUGGAUUUGUGGCCAGGAAGCAAGGGAGCACCACAGACAACGUCUGCCACCUCUUUGCUGAGCUGGACCCAGACCAGCCAGCUGCAGCCAUCGUCAACUUCGUCUCCAGGGUCAUGCUUGGCUCCGGCCAGAAGAGAUGAGCUGGCACUUGCGGGUGAUUCUUGAAUUUUGGAGAAGGACUUGGAGCUGAUCCGAGAAGGAGUGUGAGGAAGUGCAUUGUGGAAGAGGGAAGUGAAUUGGGGGGGGGGGAAGGGUUGGAAUUUUGGAGGAAAACAGCAAACAACAAAAAAUCACCAACAAAACCCCUAAAAACUCAACACAAGCCAAACACACACAUAGAGGAACCAAAGCCACGCACCUACAAAAGAGAGCCACAAAGUCACGCCAGACAGGAUGCAUGUCCCAUUGCAGGGAAGGUGACCAAAGCAAAGGCGGCAGUGAGAGGUGUGUUUCCAGCUUUCAGCAUCAUGGCCUCAAGUGGUGGCAUCCAUUUGGGACUGAAUGUGGGACCAUGACUGGUGUUUUCCAUCUGGAAAAAAAAGAGGCAACUGGCAAAACCCAUGGAAAAAGCUUCAUCCCAGCAGCUCCAUCUGCUGUGUGUUUGAACUGACCUGUAGGAGAUACUGACAUGCGUUGGGUCUAUGGGACACCAGAGGAGAUGCUCUCAGAAACCUUCCCUUGUCCAGCUGCAGAGGAGGGUCCUCACUGGUCCCUGUGCUUCCCCCAACACCUGCUCACGACCUGGUAACUUGCUGGGGGCAUGGGGAAAUUGGUCCUGAACCUUCCAAUCCCUUGGGGAGCUUGGCCAUGGGCUGAACUUCGCUGACCAGAGCCCAGCACCAUGGUGAGACUCUGUGAGUCCACCCAGAGAGGGAGGUCAUGCUGUUUCUCCACUUCCCCAGGGGUUCUUGUGCCCCUCAGCCUGUGAGGAGGUGUGGGGCUUCCUGCCGCCCUGCACCUGGGGAAGGUGGAUACUCCCCAGGAACCUGGAGGAUGCAGAAAGUCACCUCCUCUCCCAUCUUCCCCUUUUCCCUCCCGUCACUAGUCCUCUUUGGCAGUUUUCUCCUGCGGCCUGUCACAUUCUCCUAACACAGAAAAAGCAAACCAGAAAGGAAAGGAAUAGUUGUAAUAAUAAUAAUGAUUAUAAUAAUAGCGGAUGCUGGCACAGGUGGUUCCCUGUGCGAAGCAGCAGACCCGUGGCUGCCCCUGUCUAGCUCUUCGGAGACACGCAAGCGGUUUUUAAAUUGCAUGGACAUUCAAGUUGCACGAAAGGCAAAAGGCUACUAGUAACUCAGGCGCUUUUCUCCUCUUGUUUUGGAGGCCACGUUAAAAAAAUAAAAAGAAGGAAGAAAAUAAAAAA